UGCAGUCAAAAUUUGUCAGUGAAUUCCAAUCCAUAUUUGGGUAGCAAUGGCCUUGAUAACAGUUGUUCUAGUUUUCCUUCACCUGCAGUCUUCCAUCUACUGUCAAACCUUCAAAGAAAACGAAGAUUGCGACUAUAAAGUCGCAGACAUAAUAUAUCCGCCUCCAUUACAUACCACUAAUAAAAACGACGGAUCUUUUACCGAUUGGAUACCAUACUCGUCGGAUGAUUCAACCGGUGAUGGAUGGCUUGAAAAUGCAUUCAUUCCAAUGCCGCUUUGGGAUACUGGUGAUUCGACUUCAGACAACACAUUAAUCCUUCCGGGAUUGAACUCAAACGAUACUUCCUUUGACCUUCCAUAUGACAGUGUCCACGUGGUGGAAGACUCCGGAUUUUAUCGUGAUCUGCCUAUCAACAAUUCGGGCCGUUACCCCAUGAGACCCAUAGCUAUGCCAGCAGUCUCCCAUCCCUUGAAUACAGUUUCAAUUGCUCGACGUCCCCAAAUCAUACCAUUGUACAAGGGACCGGAGUCAGCAGAUGGAACGAUGGACAAAAUGGCUUCAACAACGAAUGUAAAGCCGUUGAAGAAAAAGAAAGCUGUAAGCACUACUACGGCCACAGCAAUCACUGAGGCAGCAGGAAAAAUUAGGCUGAGACGAAAACGACCAGUUUCGGCGAUGCCGGAGACCACGACGAUCAUGAUGCCGACGAUGACGACUCGUCAAAAGCUGAAACGGAAGAUAACCACUACGACUGAAUCUUUUAGGAAACGGAGAACAACAACGAGUUCACUGACCGAUUGAGGAUCAAUUGCUUACUUAAGAACUUUAGGAAAC